AUGGCUGACAAUAGUGUUGAAUCGAAAACAGCGACUAAAGCAUCGAAUGAAUCCAAACCUUCAUCUAGCCGACGUUCACGUACGCAAACUUCCCAAAAUCUAGCCUCAUCUGUCGCACCCACCUCUGAUCAAGAUUUACGAGUUUACAUAACAGAUAUACCAACCAACUUUCCAGAAGAUGGGCUUGAGGUAUUGAUAAAAACCCGUAUCGAAGCUACCCUACGUUUAAAAGUUAAUGAUAUUAAAUGCUACUUAAAACUUGGUAUAGAUGUAAUUCAAUUAAUGAAUGAAGAGCACAAAUCAUAUCUUGUUUCUACUGUUGAAUCCGUGGUUCUUGAUCCAAAAACUAACACAAACAUAACAUUUGUCAAUGAAGUCGAACUUGAUUCUUAUAUAGUCGUCGAUCGAUAUGUAUCGAAAAUUCCUUCUACCGAUGAUGUAUCUUGGCAUUAUAUGCAAUCAUUUAAGACAUGCGAACCUCGUCCAUGUGAAUCGAUAUCAAUCCAGUUUCCAAACAUAUUUCGUAUAUCAUCAUUAACACUAGAAGAACUUGCCAAAGUGGCAAAUGCACCAGAUUUUAAAAUCAACACUGUUUUCGCUGUGGCUUAUCCAUGUGUUGAUUGUAGUUUUUUUGAAGAUUUACCACAAAAUACCAAUGAUGACAAGCUUUCAUCAGCUGUUGCAGCUCAAAUCGAAGAAACAAAACUCGCCCCAACAUCCUUCUACGUACAGUAUAAUAAAGAGACAGACAAUGCAGUUGUCUUGGCAACAAAGUCUAACAAAAAAUGGAUGAAGCAAAAUUUCUUAACAAUCGAAGGACAACAUAUUCCGAAAAAAAUUAAACUUGCUUAUCGAAUUGUUGUUUCUCCUGUACCUCCUGAUUUUGAUGUUGAUCUUAUCCUUAAUCACAAAUUAUUUGCAUAUCGAAUAGUGAGACAUAGUCAUAUCAAAGAUCGUCUCAUUAUAGAACUCGAUGAUAUGAAGAAAUAUGAAAAAUGCGUAGAUAUUGGAGCCCUGCGCAUAGGAAAAGUGGCCAUGAAUAUUACACCACAUAGUAUUGCUAAUGAUCCAGAUGCAAGUGAAAUUGAUGCUGAUAACUGGUAUGAAACGAAGAUGCAUGAGAUAAAGCCUGAUAUAGUGACUAUCAUGAGUGAUCAUCAACAUCCAAUAUUUCGGUAUAAGUGGAAUGCAGAAAAUUGGCUUGAACACAUGAAAAAAUUGGAUAUGACAGAUCAACGUUUAGGAAAAUAUGAUCUCGAUCGACAUUUAUUACGAGUUACAGUUAUGUUGAAUACAAUUGGUGUACUUCGAAAGAAAAAGUACAUUGUAGACGAUGAAGAAGUCACAUUAAAACUUCAACGACUGCAAACAAUUUGCUAUGAUCAUAGAUCAAAAUUAUUCCAUGGAAAAACAAUAUCUGAAACAGAAUUGAAGAAAACACUAUAUUCAUCGACAAGUGUUAUCGUAUCUAAUGAAGAUUGUCUUGUUGUUUAUGAAAAAUUAGUCAGCGAAGGAUAUCGACCUUUAUUAUUGAAUAUGGCUAGUGCAACUCGUCCAGGAGGUGGAUAUAGAAAAGGAGAUGGAGCACAAGAAGAAAACCUUUUUCGUCGUUCAGAUUAUUAUCAAAGUCUUGAUCUUGAAGGGUGUGGGUGUGGGUGUGGGUGUGGGUGUGAGUAUGGGUGUGGGUGUGAGUAUGGGUAUGGGUGUGAGUAUGGGUGUUGAAUGUGGCUGUGGGGCGUGGGUGUGAGUGUGGGGCGUCGGUGUGGGUGUGUGGGUAUGGAUGUGGAUAUGAGUGGCAUCGAAGGACAGCCGCAGCCACAUCCACAGUCCACACCCACACCCACACCAUAAAUUUUUACUUAUAUCAUUUAAUUAAUAUUUUUAACAAAGCAAGG